UUAUAUAAAAAAAAAAAAGUCCACAACAUGAAGAGAAUAAUGAGCAGUAAACACGAGGGGAGCAGAGAGAGAGAGAGAGAGUUGAAAUGAGGGGUGACAAAAGACAGAGCGUCUCCACGGCAACGGAGCCAAGCUGUUUGAGUCACAUGGCCCUAGCUUCUAUUGAAUCUGAUGCCAGCGGCUCCAAGCAAAGGUUUGCUCCAUGCUUGUAGAUGCGGAGGCAGCACCAUGAGUGGACGACAAGAGGAACAACACAGAAUGAUGAAAGUUCAUAGCCUCCAUCUCAAUGCCACUUUGGAUCUGCACAAUGACGCGCUGGAAACGGCUGUAUUUGAAUUCAAAGUAUUCAACAUUGUCAUCGUCACCGUGGCCUUUUGUAUUCUCAUCAUCACCGCCAUCUACUGCAUCAAUGUCUGCUACAACCGCACCAGGCAGUCAAAGAGGGCUCAUAUUUAUGAGAGCGCAGUGACCCGGGAUGAGCCAAUGGACCCGGUAGCGGUCAGAGCGGUGAGGAGGUCAACCAGUUUCAUCAACCCGCUGGCCUUCUUCAGGAGAACAGAGGCGGCUAAAGACAACUCCAGGAUCUAUUACAUCUACAGCAACCCACUUCCUGUGGGAGCCAAGGAGGAUGAAGAAGACCCAACCAGGCGAGCUGGGAUUUCAAUGCCACCAUCCAUUGAGGAGUACGCUGAGGACCCCCGCAGCGGCAUCAUCCUGGACCCUCCCAUUUUUUACAUGCAACUUUAGAAUGUGAUGGAGGAUGGCGAUGUGGACAGAUUCUGGGAUGUUGCUAUAGUCCAUCCCAUAAGUGAUGACACAUGAUCGCUAGCGAAAACGGUUAUUUUUGUGGCUCUGGAAAGACUUUGCAAUGCAAGCCGUAAUGAUGUCAUCAUAGUAAUCACGGCACAGCUGGAAAGAUGACGGAUUUAAUGCAAGUCCAUAAACCUUGCAGACGGAACUUUGAAACGUGUUGAUCUUACAAAAGAUGCAUCAUGGGAACUGUAGAACUGCAAUUUUGGGAUGUUGUCCAAGUCUUUGGGUCAGCAUGUUUGAUGAUUCAGUAUUUGGAUGUCAGCUACGAUAUUGAGUAUUCGAUGUGUAGCAGGUUUUGCGUGGUAAUACUUGUGUGUUUCUAAUUUAGUGUGUAUGUAAUUUAGUCACGAGUAAGCUGGACCUUAUCCCAGCUGUCUUCGGGCGAGAGGUGGACUAGUGUUUGUGAUGAUCCGGCCACAAUUGAGCGGUCCGUCCCCGUGGAAUUUCUGCAAGAUUCCGGGUUUAACAGUAGAAAUCAUAGUGCCUUAGUUAACCUUCCUUGGCUAACCUUGGCUUGGACCCAUGUAUUAAAUCAGCUAUAAAAUACACUAAAAACAAUAAGUUACCAUCAAAUUUGCUUCUCAUGUCUCAUGGUUACCUUCUCAGGCUUCCUCAUCCAUGAAAAUGUUGGUUUUUAUACUAUAUUGGGCCUUUUUUUUGUCACUAUACCUCUCGAUUUCAAUAUCCAAAAAUGGUAAAAUUAACCUCAAAAGAAUCAUUCAUUCAUUCAUUUUCUACCGCUUUUCCUCACAAGGGUCGCGGGGGGUGCUGGAGCCUAUCCCAGCUGUCUUCGGGCGAGAGGCGGGGUACAUGUUUGAACCGCAAAGUGGCAAGAAACAACUAAGUAUAAGACAACCCUGAACAUAGGAAUAUCCAUUGUCAUUUCUUAAUGAUAAAAUAAAAACAAAAAGACAAAAUUGACAUUUUCUAAGAAAUAUACAUGUUUUUAUAAUCAGUGAAAUGCUUGGGGGAUUUUUGCAAAAAAUGAUAUUCAUUCAUUCAUUCAUUCAUUUUCUACCGCUUUUCCUCACAAGGGUCAUGGGGGUGCUGGAGCCUAUCCCAGCUGUCUUCGGGCGAGACGCGGGGUACACCCUGGACUGGUCGCCAGCCAAUCACAUGGCACAUAUAGACAAACAACCAUUCACACUCACAUUCAUACCUAUGGACAAUUUGGAGUCGCCAAUUAACCUAGCAUGUUUUGGAAUGUGGGAGGAAACCGGAGAACAUGCAAACUCCACACAGAGAUGGCCGAGGGUGGAAUUGAACCCUGGUCUCCUAGCUGUGAGGUCUGCGCGCUAACCACUUGACCACCGUGUCGCCCCUUCAAAAGAAUCAUGUUAAUAAAUUGAAGGUUCUUUUGUUACCUGGCUAUUACUGAGGGCUAUAGAACAUAUCUCUUUUAUUUAUUUUCUCAUUUUAGUAUUAAUCACUAAAGAAACAUCUGUGGUGUUCGGGUGAAUUUUGACCCGUGUAUAUUAAUAUCAAGAAAGAGUAGAAAAAAGUGAUUGUUUUCAGCAACAGAACUUUAGUAUAAAGUGAAAUGAAAAAGCAGAACAGGUCCAGAUCUUGGUUCCACUGUACUUCCUGCCAUUCUUUCCAUGAUCCAAAUUGUAAAUGUGAAAUCAGCCAAUCAAAUGAGUGAAUUCACAUCACAUGUCUGGACAUUGUUUUUCUGCUGGUGUACUAGAAAAGCGGUCAAAAUGAGAAACCCCUGAAGCUUACAUGAUGAGAAGAUUAGCUGGUUGUUAUUGUGUUGGCUAAUUGUACACUUAUUUCAGUUGUGGAUCAAAAUAUUGCUUUAUAGUCAUAUUAUUAUAACCGGUGGUCAUAAUUUCAACCAGACCAUUUUAAAAUGUAGUAAAAAUUAUUAUUAUUAAAAAUUAUUAUUAUUAAUUAUUUUGUUGAAAUAGUUUUCUGACAAAGUCAAAAAGCCUUGACGCAAUAAACAAAUGUUAUGUGAUUCUUUUUAUGCAUUAAAAUGUAAAACGGGUCGGUGCCGACCCAAACACAAGAGGACGGUUAAACAAACUUUUAGAUAGAGUUGACUUCAUAGAUAACAAAGAAAGAUGAUUUGAUUUUUCCAUGAUGUUUAAUAAAACUCUUGAUACAAUGCAUGUUACAAAAGAAGAGUCACAGAGGACAAUGAGACACAUAACAUUACAAACAAUGACUGGCACAGCACCGUUUGGUACAGUACUCUUGGCCAAACCGGUCCCUCAAAUGAUGGGUUGGGUCUCUCUGAUGAGCCAGUCCAAUGCCUCCUUCCUGCCCUGACGCUGCAGCUCCGCUCCGACCACCUCGCGGCACACCCUGUGGUACUCAUUCACCCAGUCCCACUGCGGCAAACGAGAUAUUGUCAAAGUGUUUAUGAUUUAUUAAAAUACAGUACAGUUAUCCCUCAUUUAUCAUGGUUAUGUGGUUCCAGACCACUAUACAUUAAUUUACGUGGAGUAGGAUAAAAUAUUAAUGAAUUGAAUAUUUUCAUCACUUUCUAAAUCUUUUUUUCUUUUUUUAACCAUUAUUAGAGCCCUGUAAAUAUGAAAUUACACCACUAUAGUCACCAUUUACACUCCUAUUAGUCUUUGUUUACACCACAUUGCGCAACUCUUAUGCACAGGCGACGGAAUCACAGGGAUAUAAGAAAUGGCCGCUGCUUUAAGCAUAGAAUGUCACUGAGAUAGCUAGUUAGGCUCCAAUUUAUUUAUUCUAAACUUAAGGACAAAGAAGGCAAACGUGUACCACUUCCACACAGAAUGGGAGAACUUUUUUUUUGGUCUGACUCUAAUGCAGUGUUCAGAUAAUGUAAUGUAAGGUAAAGUCUCAACAAUGUAACAUUACUAGUGACCAGAAUACUACAUAUGACUUUUUUUUACUCCUAGGCUGAAGUCAAACGCCAAAACAGCAAUCAUUUAUUAAUUUUUGAAAAGAGCAAUAGAGUGAGGGAGUGAGGGUGUGAUGUUUGAACCACAAAGUGGCAAGAGACAACUAAAUAUAAGACAACCCUGAACAUAGGAAUAUCCAUUGUCAUUUCUUAAUGAUAAAAUUAAAACAAAAAGACAAAAUUGAUAUUUUCGAAGAAAUAUACAUGUUUUUAUAAUCAGUGCAAUUCUUGGGGGAUUAUUGCAAAAAAUGACAUUCAUCCAUUCAUUCAUUUUCUACCGCUUUUCCUCACGAGGGUCGCGGGGGAUGCUGGAGCCUAUCCCAGCUGUCUUGGGCCAAGAGGCAGGGUACACCCUGGACUGGUGGCCAGCCAAUCACAGGGCACAUAUAGACAAACAACCAUUCACACUCACAUUCAUACCUAUGGACAAUUUGGAGUAUCCAAUUAACCUAGCAUGUUUUUGGAAUGUGGGAGGAAACCGGAGUACCCGGAGAAAACCCACGCAUGCACAGGGAGAACAUGCAAACUCCACACAGAGAUGGCCGAGGGUGGAAUUGAACCCUGGUCUCCUAGCUGUGCUAAAUGAAAUUAAAUAUUAUGUUACAUAAAUGUAUAAAUGGUGAGAUUAUUAGUAAAUAUAUUCAGAACACUAACCUGUUGUGGUUGUUGAUACUAGAACAUGUUUCUUUUGACAGUUUACUUCAGUUGAGGCAAAAUAUUCAAAUAAAUAUGUCAUUUUGCCGAUAACUUACAUGGCUGUAUUCAUCUUGUUUUGCAUAAUGUGUUUUUAUUCAUGAAAUGGCAUCACAGAAAAAUAAGCAUAAAGUGUUUGUUCAAGAUGUGAUGAGUUUGAGGGAAGACCUGCUGCUUAUAUCAGCAUAGGUUGAUGUCAGAGUGCUGGACAUUGGAUAUUGGUAAAGUCAAUAUCGUGCGUCUCUACUAAAUAACUCGUACAUUUGAGGGACAAAAAAGGCUCGUCUAGAACAAAAUAGUCUUCUGUGGAAUUUGAAACCAUGAGCAAUUAAAAGCUUUACCUCCUUCUGAGUGAGCAGCUCCGUGUUUAUCAUCUUGACUUGGAUGGGAACCAGAGUCAAGGGCUCAAAUGUCAAGCUGCCUCUGUUUCUGUAAUUG